UCUUCCCUUCUGAGCUCAUUUUAGUCAGAACUUACUUUGACACACACUGAUCUUGGAAGCUCCUCAAGCUCCUCUUCCUUGGCAAUCCCACAAGUUUAUCUUGAUUAUUUGGACACAGAAAUAAUAAUCCCUACAAUGGCAUCUAAAAGUUCAAAAAAUCGUAAUUCUCUGGCCUGCAAAUUCUGUCUCAGAAUCCAGGAAAACCUUCCAGUGCAUCUGAGAAGAUCCUGCAGAAAAGGAGCUAAAACUGAGGAGAUAGACAGGCUGGUCUCAGAAGCGAGAGAGCAUAUGCGCAAUAUCCUAAAAGGGCUGAGUGUUGUUAAUUAUCGUGACCUGGAUUACAAGAACUCUAACCCCCGUGACUUCUUUGUACAAUUUCUGGAAAAGAACGGGUGUUAUGUAAGAGGAAAACCUGUGCAAGCAUCCAGGUUUUUCAAUUCAUCGCCUGAAAUUCAGCAACUGGAGAAUCCAGAGGAACAGUCUUCACAAGAUGUUGAGACUUCAGACACUUUAUCUGAGGAUAACGUCACAGCAGAACCUGAUUUGAUGUCCGAUCAAGUAGAUGAUGUUGACAGUUCUGACAUGUCAAGUGAGGAGGACGUAGAAGAUCGAGAUGUAGAAUUUAUGGGGUCACAUGUUCCUGAUAAAGGGCUGGGCAUUGAACGGUAUUUCAAUUCAUCGCCUGAAAUUCAGCAACUGAAGAAUCCAGAAGAACAGACUUCACAAGAUGUUGAGACUUCAGACACUUUAUCUGAGGAUAACGUCACAGCAGAAGCGGAUUUGAUGUCCGAUCAAGUAGAUGAUGUUGACAGUUCUGACAUGUCAAGUGAGGAGGACGUGGAAGAUCCAGAUGUAGAAUUUAUGGAGUCACAUGUUCCCGAUAAAGGGCUGGGCAUUGAACGCAAAGAGAUGACCUCCAUUCAAAAACUACGAAGAAGAAUGAAAAAGGCUGGAAUGUACAGGAAACAUUCACUCAGUUCAAAAAUUCUUGUUGGCUUUCAGAGUUAUCUCAAGGACACCUUAUCUGUACCAAACUGCACACAUGAGGUAGCAAAUGUUGCAAGAUUCUUAUACUUCAUGGAUCCCUCCAAACCAUCUUUGAAUUUUGUGUCCAGUAUCGAGAGGACCAAUGAAUAUUUUGACAAGCUCAAGGCAUUUGGAAAUACAAAUUCAACUCUCUUUAACUACCUGAAGCACAUCAGAAGGUUUGUCCGCUACCAUCUCACUGCAACAAAGCUGAUGGACAACAACAAACCAUUAUAUGAGCAAUGUGAGAGCUUUCUGGAAUUAACAGAUGACAUCCAGAAGAGACUCCGAAAAGGAAUUACAACGGAAACAAGGGCAAGAAAAGAUCGUCUAAUGUCUUCAAACCUAAAAACCCCAGAGGGAUGUCAAAGGAUUCUCUCAGUGGCCAAACCCUGUUUUCUUGAGGUACUGGAGAAGGUGAAGGCCGGGGUUCAUGUUGGGGUCAAAGAGAAAUCAACCAUAUUGUACUACCUGGAAUCACUCGUGGUCCUGAAGCACCUCCAGAGACCUGGAGUUUUCAAAAAUAUGUUGGUGGAAGAUUGGUGUAACAGGUUGCACCACACACACCAGGUCAAUAGCCAGUCUGUGCGUUCAGCCAUCAUUGCCAUAAAGGAGCAGAAGACUUCAGCACAGCUGACAGAAACCCUCAUCCUGAAUGAAGAAGAGGAGCAGUGGUUUGCUAUAUACUACACAAAAGUAAGGCCUACGUUGAUCAAGACCCACACAGAUACAAAGAUCUUCUUUAUUUCUACAACUGGGGAACAAAUUUAUAAUGUGUCCAAUGACCUUGACCGCUUCCAUCGCAGGAAAGAGAUGACCUCCAUUCAAAAACUACGAAGAAGAAUGAAAAAGGCUGGAAUGUACAGGAAACAUUCACUCAGUUCAAAAAUUCUUGUUGGCUUUCAGAGUUAUCUCAAGGACACCUUAUCUGUACCAAACUGCACACAUGAGGUAGCAAAUGUUGCAAGAUUCUUAUACUUCAUGGAUCCCUCCAAACCAUCUUUGAAUUUUGUGUCCAGUAUCGAGAGGACCAAUGAAUUUUUUGACAAGCUCAAGGCAUUUGGAAAUACAAAUUCAACUCUCUUUAACUACCUGAAGCACAUCAGAAGGUUUGUCCGCUACCAUCUCACUGCAACAAAGCUGAUCGACAACAACAAACCAUUAUAUGAGCAAUGUGAGAGCUUUCUGGAAUUAACAGAUGACAUCCAGAAGAGACUCCGAAAAGGAAUUACAACGGAAACAAGGGCAAGAAAAGAUCCUUUAAUGUCUUCAAACCUAAAAACCCCAGAGGGAUGUCAAAGGAUUCUCUCAGUGGCCAAACCCUGUUUUCUUGAGGUACUGGAGAAGGUGAAGGCCGGGGUUCAUGUUGGGAUCAAAGAGAAAUCAACCAUAUUGUACUACCUGGAAUCACUCGUGGUCCUGAAGCACCUCCAGAGACCUGGAGUUUUCAAAAAUAUUUUGGUGGAAGAUUGGUGUAACAGGUUGCACCACACACACCAGGUCAACAGCCAGUCUGUGCGUUCAGCCAUCAUUGCCAUAAAAGAGCAGAAGACUUCAGCACAGCUGACAGAAACCCUCAUCCUGAAUGAAGAAGAGGAGCAGUGGUUUGCUAUAUACUACACAAAAGUAAGGCCUACGUUGAUCAAGACCCACACAGAUACAAAGAUCUUCUUUAUUUCUACAACUGGGGAACAAAUUUAUAAUGUGUCCAAUGACCUUGACCGCUUCCAUCGCAGAUUCGGAUUGACACCUGUCAACAGUCAGGAGGCCCGGCGCAUAUCUGAAACACUUCUUCCAACUGAUUCCUUCUUUAGAAAAUUAUUUCGCCGUUCUAAAACUUCUGUAGGGGGGAUGUUUUAUCCAGAUAGAAUAAUUGGUACUAUGGUGGCAUCAGCGGACAUGCUCUCUACUGUAACCAACGACCCCCAACCUUCAGUGUCAAGGAGAAGUGAAGAAGGCAGCGCCAUAAUACCAGAAGUAAAGAAGACUGGGAAUCCAGGAAAAAAGCAGCAAAGAGAAGCGACAGUGGUUCCCGGGGAGUCAAGAGAGGAUGCAUAUAACAAAUUCACAGAGCUCUACCCCCUCAAAUUGGAUUCAGAUCCUCCAGGGUUAAAGAAAGGAGUUGCCUGUUCCCCAGUCCAUGGCCGAUACUGUAACGACAGAUGGCGGAAAGCACAAAACAAGAUGCGCAUUGAUCAUAUCUCUGGACACUUCAAGACUAGGAACCCUAAAGAAAACGAAGUUAAGAAGAUCAUCCAGUCUCAGAGAUGGAAUCAAAAUUUACCAACGCUUAAGGACAUUAUGGACAACUGCAGAGCUCAACUGGACUGAAAAGGUUUCCAGCAAUAUUGCCUAACAAUAUAUUUUAUGUUGAGGCUUUUGAAGAUUUUGGUUAUGGUUUCCGUCUUCUAUUAAUGGACCAGCCCCAACCUAGGUACAAGGCUUGGUUAAUGAGCAAGGCUCAGCUCCUGUAUCCAGUGUUCCUUACCAAGUCCCUGACUUUUGGGUUCUGGUUAUUACCUGCCCCUGUGCUGUGGAGUUGACAGUUUACCUUCACCUGGUUGUCCCCUGUUCUGUUCUGUAAUUAUUGGCGAACAAGUAAAAAUGAAUCCCUCAGCCAUUCUUUUGUUUCAUAACUAUAAACCAGAGAACUUUACUAAAAAAAGAUCUCUUACUGCAACUCCUCAUAGCAGCUAAGGCACAAAUCCCUAUGUUAUGGAGACAAAAAGUGAUUUCAAGCAAAGGGAAAUGGUUUCAAACAAUAAAUGACAGUUGCUUAAUGGAAGAAUGGAAGACUUGACAGCCUCAAUAAACAAUAAAUAUUGGAAUUAUUCAGCUCCCUGGUUACCCUGGAAAGAAUAUAUUCCAAAAAUACCUUCUACUUAAGUAUUGCCAUAAAAUCUCUACUAAAGCUGAUUAUUUUAAAUUUAAA